AUGAUGAUGAGUAGCUUUGUGAAGAAGUUCUUCUGUGGAGCAAAGGGGUUUCGAAUUUCCUCCAUUUUCAAGUCGGACAAUUCUCGAGUUGCGCCUGUGCCACAAAAGGCCGGUCACGUCCGUGUGUAUGUUGGAAGAGACAUUAGCAUGAUGUGCAAGUUCGAGAUGGAAGCUAAUUACCUGAACCACCCACUCUUCCAGAGUCUACUUGAGCUAUCUGCGGAGCAGGAGUACGGUUAUUCCUACAAUGGAGCUCUAAGAAUCGCUUGCAACGCCGAUCUCUUCCUCUACAUUGUUCAUCUCCUCGAUAAUAGCAAUCCUGCCGCCCAUUACAUGGAUCUUUCCAAUCUCAUUUCCAAAUUCAACAGUACUAGCUAG